CAAUGAAACUGUUAAAUGGGUUCUUUGGCCCAUUGGAGUCUUCUAAUUUCUUCUCGCUUGAACGCCUGUCACGCCUUUGCUUCCUCACUCCGAUGCUCGAAAUCCCCCUUGAGAAUGGAGACUCCAGAAGAUCCGUUCGAUCCCAACGACAAAAGUAGCAUCUCUGUUUCUGUUCAAAUAGACCCUCCAGUUUCAUCUAAUGGAAAUAAGGAUCCCUGUGAAAUCAACCCUGAAGAUCACCAAUCUAAGCCCAACACUGAAAACGAAAUCAACAAGAGCAGCGAUGCAUUAGCCAAGGGUUUAUCUACAAUGCUUGCCAGUCUUAUAAGGGAUUUCGAUUCUAAAGCUCAAGACACUCUCAAAAGCCAAGACCAACUUAAUUCUGCCUUAGAUCGUCUAACCCGAGAACUUGAUCAGUUGUUAGAAGAUGCACCCUUGCUCUUCAUUAUGCAGCAUGCUGCGAAGAUUUCAGGAGUUAGAAAGAGAGUUUCUUCAUUGAACUCUCUCCUAAAAUCUAUACAACGCCGUAUUGAUAAUAUGGAUCGGAUGCUAUCUGCGGGCGUCUCACAAGGAAAAGAAAGUUAGGGAAGUGAAGGACUGUUGAUUUCGUCACGAGAAGCAUCAAGCCCUUGGAAAAUAUCCAUUCCCAAUUCAAAUUUUAUGAUAGUGCUCCUUUCAAUCAUGAGGAGUGCAUGUUGAGCCAAUGGAAGCGCCUGGCUGCUAAUACAAACGUCAAGCAAUGCAUUCAAGUUUUUGUACUCUUUUUUUUUUUUUUUUUUUGAUAAAGAAGCUAAUUUAAAAGUCAAUGUAUCUGCUGCUAAGAGAAUGAAAGUUUAUUUCAGCAAUAUAGAGCCAAUUGUGACUGAAUCUCAAAUUCCUUUUUAUAACAUGGGGAAUGGGAGAGUUGAAA